AUGACUGUUCCUAACGAGAGUUCCGAGGAUGUCAAUGAUUUCCUUCAGCGCAUCCGGGAACUAGGCGAGCGUCGCGACAAGGAAGAUGACGAGCGCACCAAGAAACUGGAGGAGGAGAUUAUGCAGGGGCGGAAAGAAAGGCAAGCCCGGAGAGCUGAGCGUGCACGAUCACUGGCCCUUACCGACGAUUCAUCCACCCUUAAUGUCGCGCGACUGAGCACAUCGUCUACCAGCCCCCGAUCUAUCGACCCCCCGGAGCACCUCGAGCCAACACCGCAAACCCCGCAAACACCAGGACCUGAGCCUCCGACCUCCAGCGCCGUGGAUUCGAGUCAAGACACGGAGGUUUCUGACAAGCGGCGCGGAUCGGUCCCAGAUCUCGGAAUGGAUUCUCCCUCGCGGACACGACCCCCCUUGUCCCGCAGCCGCGCGGGGACUUUGUCAUGGCAACAACGCCCGUCCUCACGAGAUUUCGGCAUGUCACCCUCGGCAUCCCCAACUCGCUCCCCAACUCGCGCAAGCCACUUGAGAAAUUUGUCUACGGCGUCGGAUGAGAAUACACUAUCUCGCCUCCAAUUUGGGUUCCCGCGGCCCUCGAAGGACGCUCCUGUGCUCCCUCCAUCACCGGAUCGCGGGGCUGGGGAGUUAGCAUACAGUGGGAAGGAGGAACAAACAGAUAGCCACACAGAUGUGGGCGCGGGGCACCAAGAGCCGGAAGUGGAAGAAUCAAGUACUGAACUAGAUAAACUUGAGGCAGUAGAAGAGAGGUCAUCGUCGCCUCCAAGAACCGGGUCUCGCGAUAGCAACAUGAGCCAUCGCUUCUCGGUAUCAUCGGUUUCAGCCGGGCUAGGGUCGCCAGUGCACCUGACAGAGACUCCGAAGCUCGAGCCUCGACAGAAUGAUUCCUUUGAGGAAUCUGUGCCGUCUCCAACCCAGCGGCGGAUGUCACCCGAGCGAAGCCGGUCGACCUCACCCACCAAGGGUCUGGGAGGCUUUGUUCAGAGUGCUAUGAUGAGAAGAUCAGAUAGUGUGUCAAAAAGGUGGAGUGCACAAAUUCCUCAGGGACUUGGGCGGUCAAAUUCUAUUGUGUCAAAUCGCAGCAGUGUGGCAGGUCCAAAUUUGAGUGAAACCCCUCCAACUCUUGGGCGAGUUGCGCGUGAACCUUCAACUCUCCUGCGACCAGGCUCCAGCCACAGUGAGGCAUACACCGAAACAACUGAACGACCAACCACACCUGCAAACGAUAGAGACAGUGUGAAUUUUGAUAGCCCAGGAAAAUCAUUCCGACCUACUCACUCGCGUUCUGCUAGCUCUGCUACCGCAGACGGGAGUGAAAGUUCGUUUGUCUCGAAAACCAUGGAUCCCAGACGUUGGAGCCCCAACAAGGCUUCUUGGCUGGAAAGUGCCCUCAAUCGACCAGAACUACCACGACAAACAUCCAGACCUCCGUCGCAGCCCAACUGGGCCAAAGAUCGACAGUCGCGAGGUAGCGUGGAUUUGGGACGAGCCAAUAAUUUCAAGGAAGUCACUCCUCUCGGUUUGAUGCGAACACCCCCACCAGGAACUCAAACCAAACUACCUGGCUCUGGUCCAUCACUUCCUACAAGUCCUAUUAAAGAUGGUGUUCCCGAAUCUCCAUUAGGAUUCCCUCUGAAGAAAGUUGGUACCUCUGGUCCAUCGCUUCCGACAAGCCCUACCAAGGAUGCUGUUCCUGAGUCUCCAUCGGGAUUCCCUUUCAAGAGGACUGGCAUCUCUGGUCCCUCGCUUCCUGCCAGCCCUGUGAAGGAGGCAAUUCCUGAGUCUCCAUCUGGAUUCCCCUUCAAAAAGCCAAGCGUCUCGGGUUCAUCACUCCACAGGAACUCUGUUACGGAGCCUCCCUCAGAAUUCCCUUUCAAGAGGCCUGGUACCUCUGGAGGGUCAGUCAGCGGAAGUCCUGAAGGCAAACUCAAAGAAACACCCGAGUCUCCCUCGGGAUUCCCUUUCAAAAAGCCAAGUGUCUCGGGCUCAUCACUCCACAGGAACUCGGUGACGGAGCCUCCGGUGGAAUUCCCACUCAAGAGGCCCAGUGUCUCUGGUCCCUCAGUUUCUGGAAGCCUUGCCAAGGAGACCGUUCCUGAAUCUCCAGAGUUCUCAUUCAAGAGACCCAGCAUUUCUAGUCCCUCGAUCCCUGGAACCCCCGAAACCAAAUUGAAGGAGAUCGCGCCAGUAUCUCCGUUGGUUCUCGGUAGCCCUGACGCCAAACAAACAAAAGAGGAAAUCCCAGCUUCUCCAACACCUGUUGAAGAGGCCCUCAAUGCCCUAUCAGGUGGCGCACCGGUGGAGGAACCUAAAGCUGCCUCUCCCGCUGAAGUGGAGAAUGAAUCGCAAGAACCACCGGCAUCUGAAGAGUCCGAAGUCAUCAACGAGCCUCAAUCUACUCCCACUCGCAGGGCCCCUCCCGACUCGUUGAGCCCCAAACCAAACUUUUCCGUCUCUACCUCCUCGCGUGGGCCCAUUUCACCCAAGGCCAAGCCACAAUCUCCUGUGGUAGAUUUCCGAGCAAACUUACGGAAACGCGAAGUCGUCAAAGAUAACGGGGACAACAAAGAACCAGAGUUUAAAAAUGUAUUUGGGCGCCUCAAAAAGACUGAAACUCGCAACUAUGUUGCCCCUGACGAGCUCAAGGGCAAUAUCCUACGAGGCAAAGCUGCUUUGAACAACACCGGCGGACCAAAGAAAACUGAGCGAGUCGAUGAAUUUAGGAAGAGUCUUGUCUUACGCAAAGACGAAAUGAAAGCCGGCGGAGGCUCCAUCAGACGGAAUACCGCUGGAGAGCAGGAUGCGCCAAAAUCGUCUGAGAUCGUACCAGAAGCAAUUGCCAUGCGACAGAAUAUGACCCGGGCAAAUAGCAUCAAGCAACCACUUGUCGAUGAGCCGAUGUCGCCCGCUAAAAGCUUGAGUUCUCGACUUUCACAGGACAGACCAGCAUUGUCGUCCCCGAGUUCAUCUUUCAAAGGCGUCAGUCCAUCGCGCGUCUCUCAAGAACAGCAUCAACCACUUGUGGAUGAGCCAAUGUCGCCUGCUAAAAGCUUGAGUUCUCGUCUUUCACAGGAUAGACCAGCAUUGUCGUCCCCGAGUUCAUCUUUUAAAGGCGUCAGUUCAUCGCGGGUUUCCCAAGAACAACAACUACCUGUGGACGAUAUGAUGUCUCCCGCUAAAGGCUUGGGUUCUCGACUUUCACAGGACAGACCAGCAUUGUCCUCCCCGAGUUCAUCUUUCAAAGGCGUCAGUCCAUCGCGAGUUUCCCAGGAACAACAACCAUUGUCGCCAUUGCCUGCCAAUGAUGAGCAGGGCUGGCCCUUGAAAGAUACUAGUUCCUCGCGAGCAUCUCAAGAAUCGCAGCCAUUAUCACCCUUCCCUGAUGAUGAUCCCAUUGAUGAGCCAGAGGAGGCAAUCCCGGCCGCAUGCGACUACAAGCAAACUCCCAAGGCGGUAUCUUCUGCGAACCAGAAGGAAACCCGCGAAGUCGUGGCACCAUUCGCACCCAGCGUAGUGAAGAUGCAGGAGCCCUCAGUCAAGACACUCCGCCCAGUUCGUCAAUGGCCACCGGCGCCUGUCGCAGAGGCUACCGCGACUCCAAGUCCGGCACCUAAAAGCAAAUUGGCAGGUCGAAUCAACCCUGCGCUAGCUGGCCUGCUUUCUCGUGGCGUGCCUGCCGGUGACGGACUGAAGAAGCAGCUACCGACCCCUACGACCCCCCAGACAAUUGAUGUCUCGACCCCAUCCCCUCGGGAUGAUACUAUGGAGGUUGGUGCAAUUUCAUCCUCUGAAGCCACUCCGUCACAAUCUCCCAUAAUCCCUGUUGAAUCCUUGGAGAUCGAUUCGGAGCACCUGUCGCAGCCUGAUGAAGACCCAGUUCCUGACAUCAAAGACUCCCGUUCAGACAGCCCAGUCACCGAGCAACUUCCGGAGGUGACCACUCCUCCCCAGGACACCCCCGAACGCGAUACGCCUCAAAGCGGAUUCCCGCAAGCACUUCAGACCCGUUCCCUAACAACGGACUUCAACAUUUUCCCCUCCCCCAAUCUUGAGGCGACACCCAGGGACCCCGUAAGCCCUGGAGAGGUGAGUCCAUCAAGCGCACCACCCGUCCCACCGAAGUCCGAUUCGCCCACCUCUCCCUUGCCUGUAACACCGACGCCACAAUGGGGCCAGCAAAACCGGUUUGCGUCCUCGUCACCAUCCCCUCUCCGAACGAGUCACAAUGAGAACCAGAUGGAUUCACGUAUGAGUCAGCAGAAGAGCAUCCCCCCGGUCGGUGUUACCGUCGAGUCAGCACGCAGUUCCGUCUCACGGCCCAUGAGCCAUCCCUCCCCGCCAGUGCCCCCUAAAGACGGUAAUGUGAUGCUUCACAAGCCCACUGAUCCGCGCAGACUUUCAAGAAAGAUGUCUGCCCCAUCACUGGUUGCGCAAGCUAGUGAGGCACGCGAGGUUAUUGCGGGCUUCUUCAAGACAUUCCCCAACGCUCGAAACAGGAUGGACAUUGAUCCGCAGCUGAUGCUGAUGCGUAAACCGGACGAUGUAAAGAUCAGAACCGUGAAGCUCCAGAUCUGGGAGCUCACCGGUGAUGGGAGGCGCCAGGAGCUUCCUUCCCACCAGGAGUACAUCUUAUACCAAGGCAGCAUGUAUCUCUGUGUGCACAUAUUUGAGACCGGACGAAGCAGCACUUCGGAAGUAUACCUCUGGCGUGGAGACGAUGUCCCCGAAUCCUCGGUGGAGGAUGAACAACCGUUCGCGCGCAAAGUCGCUCGUGAGAAUAGCUCCAAGUUGCAAGUCAUUCGACAAGGCAAUGAGCCCAAACGGUUCAUCCAAGCGCUCGGCGGCAUUAUGAUCACGCGUCGGGGAUCCAGCUCUCGCCAUAAUUCCUCGGCUCUCUACAUGCUUUGUGGCCGAAAACACUUGGGCGAGAUGACCUUCGACGAGGUGGAUUACUCACUGCGCAAUCUUUGCUCUGGUUUCCCUUACGUUGUCUCAGCCCCCUUUGGCAAGCUCUACCUAUGGAAGGGCAAAGGCAGUGGCCCUGAAGAAACCGGUGCAGCCCGACUUAUCGGCAUGGACCUAGGUUUGACCGGCGAGUUUGAAGAAGUCACCGAGGGUGAAGAGCCCGAGGAUUUCUUUGAUAUUUUCGCAGGCCCCAGGGAGGCCGCGCCGCAGAUGUGCCAAGCUCACUGGCAGCUCAAGCCGAAGUACAACCACUUCCGCACGCGACUCCUCCGACUCGACCACGAACCGAGCCAGCCAACUCGGUUCUGGAAUCUCCGCCGUCCAGGCUCAGGCUCACCAGUGGUCAAGGCCAACGAUUGCAUUCAGGAAAUCGAGCCCUUCUGCUACCGAGACAUCACUGACAAAGACGUUUACGUUCUGGACACCUUCUUUGAGAUCUACGUUAUUAUCGGUGAUCAGGCCUCACAGAAGGCUGCCGAGUUCGCCUCGGCAGUGGUCUUCGCGCACGAAUACGGUAUCCUCGCCACCUCCCUUCAGGACCGACCAUUCAUCCCCAAAAGUUACGUCGCCCUCGGCGGCGUCUCCGACCGUUGCCAGAGCGCAUUCCGAAAAUGGAACCCGCGCAGUCAGCAUGCGCCUUUCGUGUUCUCUCUCGAUGUUGUUAUUGAGGCGAUUCGAUCUCCGGAGGAGAAUGAGUGA